AUGUUCAUUUUCUGUUAUGGCUCCUCCAUGCAACUAAACCAUUCUUUAACCACGAGACACGAAGGGAAUGUAACGGAUAGGCUGGCACUACUAGCAAUCAAAGCUCAAAGACAGCACGAUCCCAACCAGGUCACAAGCUCAUGGAAUGAAUCCCUUCAUUUUUGCCAGUGGCACGGCAUCACCUGCAGUCGACGACAUGGCCAAAGGGUGACAAAGCUGGAGCUCGUGUCUCUAGCAUUGGUGGGAUCCAUAUCUCCACACAUAGGAAAUCUAAGCUUCUUAAGAGUGCUAAAUCUCCAAAACAAUAGCUUCACUCAUCCAAUUCCUCCUCAAAUUGGGCAUUUGCAUAGAUUGCAGGUAUUGCUUCUACACAAUAACUCACUUAAUGGCACCAUUCCUGCCAAUAUAUCCAAUUGCUUCGAACUCAUCACUCUCUACCUUAGUAGAAACAAUCUAGUGGGUAAAAUUUCUCCAAAACUGAGUUCCUUGUCAAAGCUUGAGCUUUUUGUUUUGCAAUUCAACAAUUUAACUGGAGAGAUCCCUCCUUCUUUAGGGAACCUUUCGUCUCUCAAGGGGAUUGGUUUAGGUUUUAACAACUUAGAAGGAAGCAUCCCUAGUUCUCUAUGCCAGUUGAAAAAAUUAACAAUUCUCUCUUUGGGCAUAAAUAGGUUGUCUGGUAUCAUCCCUCCAUGCAUUUAUAACCUCUCUGGUAUAGUUCAAUUCGAGGUGAUGCAAAACCAAAUUCAAGGAAGUCUUCCCUCAAAUUUGGGCACUAAAGUUUUUCCCAAAAUUCAAAUCUUUUCCGUUGAUAUGAAUCAAUUUAAUGGGGCCAUCCCUCGGUCAAUAUCCAAUGCAACAAAUCUUGUGUUUUUUCAAUGUUCAUUCAACAAACUCACUGGACAGGUGCCAAAUUUACAAAAUCUCCUUAACCUUGUGAGAUUCAUUAUCGGUAAUAAUAAUCUUGGAAGCGGUAAACAUGGUGACGUGAGUUUUGUCUCAGAAUUGAUCAAUGCCACACAGCUUAUGUGGUUGGACUUAAGUGCCAACAAUUUUGGAGGGAUGUUGCCCACAUCAAUAUCCAAUCUAUCAACCAAUCUCCAAAGGCUUUGGGUUCAUAGAAACCGCUUACAGGGAAGCAUUCCAACGGGGUUGGGUAAUCUUGUGAACUUGCUAGGACUAUAUCUGGCCGAAAACAACUUCACUGGUAGCAUCCCCACAGAUAUUGGGACAGUUUUAAGGCUCCAGGAAAUUUAUCUUGGGAACAACAAAUUAUAUGGGAGCAUUCCAUCUUCUCUUGGAUAUUUAACAGAGUUAACCAGUCUUCAGUUGCCAGGAAAUAAUCUCAAUGGUAGCAUCCCUUCAAGCCUAGGAGAAUAUCACGAGUUGGUAGAGGUGGAUCUUUCUCAAAAUAACUUUCAUGGCAGAAUACCUCAACAAUUACUUAUUGGUCUCCUCUCUUUAUCAAUUUCUUUAAACUUGUCAACAAACCACUUUACUGGUUCCCUUCCCGUUGAGAUCGGAAAGUUGAAGCAUCUAACUGCACUCGAUGUUUCUUACAACAUGUUAUCAGGACAACUUCCUAGUAGCCUCGGUAGUUGUGAGAGUUUGGAAGUCCUACACUUACAAGGUAACUUUUUGGAAGGGCUCAUUCCUUCAUCUAUGAAGGAAUUGAGAGGGAUUCUAGAUUUAGACCUUUCACUCAAUAAUUUGUCAGGAGAUAUUCCACAGUUUUUCGAGCACUUUGGAAACCUGGAGAAUCUAAACCUAUCCUUUAAUCAGUUUUGGGGAGUAGUACCAACAGACGGUGUUUUUAGGAAUGCAAGUGCGACUUCAGUUGCUGGAAACACAAGACUCUGCGGCGGUAUUGCUAAUCUUCGACUUCCUGUGUGCAAGCUUAAAGAGUCUAAAGGAGGAGAAUUGUCUCGUAGAAUGAAGCUAAUGAUCCCUUUAAUUUCCGGGUUCACUUUGUUGGGACUGGCUGUAGUGCUUGCUCUUUUCCUUCUUCGUAAGAAAAGGAAAGAAACUGAAGUAAGCACUUUUGAGAACUCCAUCUUGCAAGUUUCAUAUGCUACUCUUCUAAAAGCUACUGAUGGGUUCACUUCAGCUAAUUUGAUUGGUGUGGGUGCUUUUGGGUCUGUUUACAAAGGAAUUCUUGGGGAUGAUAGAGUUGUUGUCGCUGUGACCAAGUGA